AUGCCUUCAGAGAGUUCUACCAAACACGUAGCCUAUGCCACAAACAAACCCCAAAUGUCCACUUUUGUCACUGAGGUAGUUUUGACAACAUACAAGUGUUUUAUUUUUUCUUAUUUAACUGCAGAGAUCGGAAGGGUCUGGGGACUUACUCCUAGUUUUGUGGAUCAUGAGAGACUUGAGCAUGAUAGUCCUUUCAGGGCAUUGGGUCAGCACCCCAGUGGGAGACAGAUGGAUUUGGAGGGAUGGUCUGUAAUGCAAACAGAGGAAAAUGGGCACAUGCAACGAGUUGCUCCAGUUCAAGCUGCAUCAAUGGGUUGGCCUGGUUUGCCAAGAGCCCCUUCAACACCAAUUGUAAAGAGAGUUGUUAGACUUGAUGUACCUGUGGAUAAAUAUCCAAAUUAUAACUUUGUUGGCCGAAUCUUAGGACCACGAGGAAACUCCCUAAAGAGAGUUGAAGCCAUGACAGAGUGUAGGGUGUACAUAAGAGGCAAGGGUUCUGUAAAGGAGGAGAAGCUGAAGGAUAAACCCGGAUACGAACAUCUUAAUGAGCCACUGCAUGUGCUGGUGGAGGUUGAAUUUCCCGAGGACAUGGUAAAUGCUCGUUUGGAGUAUGCGGUUGCAAUACUAGAAAACCUUCUGAAGCCUGUGGAUGAAUCCUUAGAUGGCUGUAAGAAACAGCAGCUUAGGGAGUUGGUUUUGCUGAAUGGUACCUUAAGGGAAGAGAGUCCGAGCAUGAGCCCUAGUAUGUCACCCUUUAACAGUACAGGAAUGAAGCGGGCGAAGACGGGAAGAUGACCAUGGAUAUAUGAUCAAUUGAAAUCAUGACCACCAUAACUUAGGGAGGCUGAGUUAGGAAGAUGUAAGUCAAACUGAGUUUUGGGCAAUCUCCAAUGAUCCCUGUUCUUCCAUGUAUCAUUCAUUUCCCCAUAAGGUUUGAUGUCUCUACUUCAUUAGUUAAAAUAACAUUCCCCCUAAUUAUUUUUAGCCACGUUUUUUUUUUGCUUCUGAUGUGCUCCAACAUUCUUUGUACUGACAAUCUUACAAUAUUUCAUGCAUAUUUCUACGUAUGCAUGAUCCCUUCGUUAUAAGAUACAAUCAUUGUAUU